UGUCAUCUAGAUUAUGUAGGUACCCAGCAGAAUGAAUUGUAAAAAAGAACAUGUGGCUACAUGGGGGAUUUUUUUUAUGAAUAAACAGUAGCAAGUGAGAAACGUUUUCACUUGAAAUCCAUUAAUUCAUUCAGGAAUACCUUUACAGCACACCUGAUCAUCUUACUUAGUGUUACCAAUAAAAAUAUAUUUAUAAUAUUUUUUUACAUCCUGCAGAAAGCAAGGAUUUGUUUAUACAUACAUUUUUACAGUUUUACCCGUAUAUAUGAGUGGAUGUGUACAAGUCAGACCAUCGCGUGUUUACAUGUGGGCUGCUUUUUACCCUUAGUCCGGCCCUGUGGGUGAGUAAAGAAUGUUUGCUGAAGUCACGGAGGAGGUUACAAGUUUAAUUUAGAAAAGUGAAUAGAGAGAGAAAGUCAAUGGGGCCAGAUUGGAAUCAGAAGUGACAUUUUCCAUUCCUUUUGGACCGAGACACUCAUCUCUGAGCCCUCGAGUUCCUUUAUGUCUAAAAUACUUCUGGGCAAAUGUAAUAAAAGGAGCAACUUUGCUACAGGUCUGAUGACCCGACACGUUCCCUGACAAAAACAAGCCGCUGCGAGCAGAUAUAUAUAAACAAAAUCUGAGCGCACUCCCGCAGCCUGCCCCGCCUCGCACACGUUAUGCCGCCGUGUCACCAGCAGGCAAUGAUUGCGUAACACCGAACAAAUCCGUCUUUACCCCUCAUAGGUGGCUGCGUGCCGCGUCACUGCGUUUAUAAACGCGUAGUUGGGACGCCGCAGUCUCGCGAGAUGAAACGUGACGUUGGGAUUAGGUGUCAGGCAGAAGCUAAGGAGCUGGACAUUAACAGGGCUGUACGAGGUUUAGACUGCGGGACUGUCUCGCGAAAAGCGGGAGGCUGAAGGGCACGAUCCGUGGAAGUGUCAAGCUUCAACCAGAGAUGCUCCAAACUCACGGCUGUCCAACGAGCAGCUUUUAUUGAGCAAGAACUUCCAAGGAAUGUUGUGAACUUCUACUUCACCGAAACCGGCUGCUGGAGGCGGGGGAUCAAAUUCACCUCAUCUCACCUGAGCCUGAUACUUUUAUCUGCACUUCCCAUGAGCUUCCACAGGGGCUGCUUUGUGGCUUCUGCUCCCAUUAUUUCCCUUGUAAAUACAGAACUCUGUAAAGGGCAACUUUUCAGCAGCAUUAGGUCCUUUGUGGACUUGGAAAGGACCCACUGUCACACCAGUCUUUCCUAUUCCCAACCUCUUAAUAUUGGGCUCAUUUUAAUUAAACAUUUCUGCUACAAAUGGGGUCAGACCAGAUUUAAUCACGUGACAGUGGAGUUUGACAAACAGGUCUACUUCAUUUCCGCCUAUUCUGAUUGGUUGGGCAGCCCAGAAGAGUAACGGUACAGUAAAGGAAGAGUAACGGUACAGUAAAGGAAGAGUAAAGGAAAAGUACAGUAAAGGUAGAGUAACAGUACAGUAAAGGAAGAGUAAAUGUACAGUAACGGUAGAGUAACGGUACAGUAAAGGAAGAGUAAAUGUACAGUAAAGGAAGAGUAAAAGUACAGUAAAGGUAGAGUAACGGUACAGUAAAGGAAGAGUAAAUGUACAGUAAAGGCAGAGUAAAGGUACAGUAAAGGAAGAGUAAGGGUACAGUAAAGGAAGAGUAAAAGUACAGUAAAGGUAGAGUAAAGGAAGAGAAAAGUACAGUAAAGGAAGAGAAAAGUACAGUAAAGGAAGAGAAAAGUUUGAGUAACGGUACAGUAAAGGAAGAGUAACGGUACAGUAAAGGAAGAGUAAAGGUACAGUAAAGGAAGAGUAAAGGUACAGUAAAGGAAGAGUAAGGGUACAGUAAAGGAAGAGUAAAAUUACAGUAAAGGAAGAGUAAAAUUACAGUAAAGGAAGACUAAAGGUAAAGUAAAGGAAGAGUAAAAGUACAGUAAAGGAAGACUAAUGGUAAAGUAAAGGAAGAGUAAUGGUAAAGUAAAGGAAGAGUAAAGGUACUGUAAAGGAAGAAUAAAGGUAAAGUUAGAGUAAAGGAACAGUAAAAGUAGAGUAAAGGAAGAGUAAAGGUAGGUUUAAGGUAGAGUAAAGGAAGAUUAAAGGAACAGUAAAAGUAGAGUAAAAAAAGAUUAAAGGAACAUUAAAAGUAGAGUAAAGGAAGAUUAAAGGCAGAGUAAAGGUAUGUUAAAGGUAGAGUAAAGGAAAAGUAAACAAGUGCCCACUCAUUUGUAUGACCCCUUGUGGUAUUUGUCCAUUUGCUGUGCUGACUACUAUAUGAGUCAUGUGUAUUCCUGACUUAAAGGGCUAAGGGUACAGACAAAGGGCUAAAACUGCAACACAAGAAUCAUUCCAAGCUGCCCUCAACUCAUCGCUCCAGUUUAGAAAGCUCCCGCUGCACUUCCUAGACUGCUUCUCUGAAUGACACCCAAGUUGGGGCACCCACAUGUCAUACAGUACCUGCCCUCAUUGAACGGAGCGCUGCCAAACUCGGGCACAGCUGUAAUCAGUGCAAAGAGUUGAUUGUCGGAGGGCAAUUUGUUCUGCCAAGUGGAAAAACCCAUGCUUGGUAGAGGAUUUAAACGCAAGCUGAAUGAUUGUGAGGAGACCAUGAACAACGUUUCUAGUGCCUGUGACUUCAACCAAAAUAUGCCCUACGGUCAUCAGAGGCAGCUGGUGCUGAAUAUGUGCCUCAACAAACUACAGAGCUAUAAAAUGCUAGUGGAACCUAAUCUACACAGAUCUGUUCUUAUAGCCAAUACAGUAAGACAGAUUCAGGAGGAAACAAGAAAGGAAGCUAGCCAGCUAGCUGGGAUUCUCUAUAAUGAUAGCAAUGACAUAUACCCAGGAAAUGACUCCAUAGAAAACUCUGUGAAUUUGCCUUGUGGAAUUAACACCGUUGUCAGUCAAGACUCCUGGCCUUUGGAAAGUCCUUUUGACAGCUUGACGGAAGUGACCGAUGAUGAUAUGUCAUCUGCUAUAUCAUCUAUCCUAAAGGAUCUGGACUUUGUGGAAGACAGUAGUCCGUCCCAAACACUGGGCCCUUGCUUGUACGAACAGCCAAAACCAGUAGAAAGUGGAUCCAAAGUUGGCGACAAACAGGACACAAAAGGAGGGGAAUGUGUUUUCGGUUCUUUUGAAAUCACAAGUUCUAUAAAUUACUUGAAAGAUUUAUCUGUAGAUGACAUUUUUGAAGACAUCGAUACGACGAUGUAUGACUCAGACUUCAGUUUCUCUUCUUUAAUUUCAGCUAAAGCUGAGGAACCUCUUAAAGUGCUCACACUGUGCAAUACUCAAUCAAACAACAAUAUACAGGUCUGCAGAACAGAUUUAAAUGACUUGGAUCACAUCAUGGAAAUUUUAGUUGGCUCCUGAUGUCGCUCAACAAGAGAGCUCUUGUUGUACUCCUUUGGAUGGAGUUAUUAACUCAGUGCAGCCUCAUUCAUUCCUUUUUUUUUAGUAUUUUUUUCUAAGCAUUUUGUUAAAUUGUAGAAAAUAUGGUUUUAAAUUAGUGAAAGAAAAAUCAAAAUCAGUGUUCAGCACAUCUUCCAGAACAACUUGCUAAACAUAUCACGAAUUAGGCUAUAUCUUCUAGUAGUUUGAUAUAUUUGAAGUCUUUCCUUUAAUUAUUUUAAUUUAAUUAUUUAUUUAAAUUAUUUGAGUCCUCCGAAGCCAAGACACAGAUUUUUACAGUGUUAAUGAAUACACUUUCAACUGAAAGCAAACAAAAUAUUUGACAGAUGUCAUUCAUUUUAUCAAAAAAAAAAAACAUUUUGUAACAAUUUUCAAUCUUUCGAAAUUUAAUUUCUAAAUUUUAUAGCUAAUAAGCCGAGAUGCAGUAUGUCAUUUGUUGUACAUAGUAGACACUACCUCUAUCUAAAUGAAGUGCUAAGUUCUAGAACUGUCUUGUUUAUACUAUUUAUUUUGGUCUGGUUUACUUUUCACAUCCAUCUGAAAUGGCUAUUGUAAAAUGCAGAGUCAUGUGUUUUGCUUUUUAAUUUAUUUGCAGGUAAAAUUUUUGUUUAUUAAGAUUUUUUUUAAGAUUGUUGUCUGUUAAUGUAACUAGAAAAGUAUGCUGGCAGUGUAUUUGGAAUGUAUACAUGGAAACCUUCUGGCUGACCAGACAUGGUAAUAUGGAUAUUAUUGUUUAGUUUGGCUUUCUGUUUAGAAGCAGGUUGCGUUGUUUUCAGUUGUGCUGGAAGAAACGGCUCGAAGUAGCCCGGCGCAUGUCUAGUAGUGGGGCCUGCUGCUGUCACUGCUGAUAUUCUGGUCGGUCCAUCUAUAUAGGCUGCAAGUAAAAGACUAUAAGUGAUAAUGACCUGGCUGGAUUUCAGGAAUGAAAUUAGAAUGUAAUUCUAGAAGGUCCAACGAGUAGCAACAUCUGAUUGGAAUGUGCUUUGCGGAGCUGAGAACAAUUCAUUAUAUAUUGGGAGAUUCCUCUCUGCAUUUAAUAUAGUAUAACCCCGAAUUGACGUUUUUUUUGCGGUCCUGCCGGUCCUUUGAUAUUUUAUUAUAUCCCUUUCCUGUUUUAUAGAGUUCAACUACCUUUUCCCGCAAAUCCUUUGACAAUUGUUUUGCUUUCCCCAUGACUUAAGCUGGCCAUAGAUGUUGAGAUUUUUGAAAGAUCCGAUCGUCAUUGUGAGACUACGAUUAUCUCGGAACGAUCAUACGAAUUGUCCAUCAACUAAAAAGACCAAUUUGC